UCACAAUUUUAUAUUUUUGAUAUUAAUUGUUCAGCUCUGUAUGUGCCCCAACAUGGGAUUUUCUAUGUUACAUAGAGAAUUUUUGCAUUUCUCAACUGCUCAAAUCGGCCAUGGUGUCAAUCCUAUUAUAUUUCGUUGUCUUAUUCCUCUACUUACUUUACAAGUUGGGAAUUUGUCAGUGCAUUUGUCACAUACUGUGUAGAUGUACUUGGGCUUGCUUCUCCACUUGUUUCUCAGUCUUAGAUUGCUGUUGCACUUUCCUCUGUUUCAAGCUUCAGCAACUUCUUCUUACAACUAGAAGACGUCAAAAAUCUGACAUUGAAGGAGUAGUGAAUAUAUCUAGCACGUGUAGUGAAGAAGAAGGUGAAGGGAGCUUUUCAUCUAGAAAAAUUGAUGGGAGAAGAAGAAGAAGAAGAAGAUCGAUUAGGGAGCAUAGGAAAGAGCAUAUGAGAAAAUCUUUGAGGCCAAAGAGUCAUCGAAUGCAAGUGGAGAUUGUUAAUGAUUCUAUCCACCCAAAGAAAAGGCUCAAAUUUGGGCACAAUAAUGAGAAAAUUCGAGUGAGUAGAAGACCAAAUUUCUCACAAAAAGGAAUGUACAAGGGUUCAUCACAUCAUCCUAGGAGAACAUAGAGGAGGCUUCUCAGUCAUACUGUUUUCUAAAAUUUGAAGUUUCUUACUAGAAAUAUUAUGGACAUUUUAACCUGUUGUUAUAUGAAAUACUAUGCCUUAUUUUUCAGUUUACUAAAAUAAUCUUUUA